AUGUCGAUUGCUUAACUUUCGUCCAAUCCUGUCCCGCUAAGGGCGGGACUUCCAGUCCACUUGCCUUGUUUCCGACGCGGCGACGUUUCUUCAACUCCUGCAGCACCUCAGCAUUGCCCUGCAAGAAAACUAACGGACUCCUGAUCAAUAAGAACCAUGGCACAAGCAAAGGUGUGGAUCCUCACCAAACACUUUGACGGAUUCCCAAAGAAAAAUGACUUUCAGCUGAAGGAAGAGCAACUCCCUGAACUGAAAGAUGGAGAAGUGCUUUUGGAAGCUGUGUUUCUCAGUGUGGAUCCAUACAUGCGACCGUUCAGCGCAUUUCGCAUGAAAGAAGGAGACGUGAUGAUUGGGACUCAAGUGGCCAAAGUGACUCAAAGCAAAAAUUCAGUAUUUCCUGUUGGAAGCCAUGUUGUUGCUCGCUCCGGAUGGCGGACACAUACAGUGACGGAUGGAACUGACCUGACUCCGAUUAUGGUGGAUUGGCCCCAGGAUGUGCCCAUGUCCCUGGCACUUGGCACCAUUGGCAUGCCAGGGCUGACGGCUCUGUAUGGAAUUGAGGAAGUCCUUGGACUGAAGCAGGGUGAGACGUUGCUGGUGAAUGCGGCUGCGGGCGCAGUGGGCUCUGUGGUGGGUCAAAUAGCCAAGAUUAAGGGCUGCAAGGUGGUGGGCUCCACUGGCUCCGAUGCUAAGGUGGCCUUUCUUAAAGAACUGGGCUUCGAUGAGGCCUUUAACUACAAAACAGUAGCCUCUCUGGAGGAUGCUCUGACAAAGGCGUCCCCUGAAGGAUACGACUGCUUCUUUGAGAAUGUGGGUGGCCCCUUCUCCAGCCAGGCUAUAUCACACAUGAAGGACUUUGGAAGGAUCGCUGUAUGUGGGAGUAUAGCAACGUACAACGACACCACACCACAGAUGGGGCCGUAUGUACAAAUGGCAAUGAUCAUAAAGCAGCUCAAGAUGGAAGGUUUCAUGCAGAGCAGGUGGGCAGACAAACAUCCUGGUUCACUCAAGAAGCUUAUGGGAUGGUACAAGGAGGGCAAGCUGAAGUGUCAGGAGCACAUCACCAAGGGUUUUGAGAACAUGCCUGCUGCCUUCAUGGGGAUGCUGCAGGGAGAAAACACCGGCAAGGCUAUCGUCGUCGUCUGAUGCUUGGCACCCAUUGUUACAAUUCUGAAAACACAGUUACCGUUUUCAUGUUUCCUGCCAUUUAUAUACAUUUGUCAGAGUCUGACAAAUUCAGUUAUGGACCAGUUAGCUCGAGACUCAUAAAUAAUCCGACUACAUCAUAUUCUUUGCACUAUGACUGGGUACUAUGUUACUGCUUACACACAUUUCCUGCAUGACGUCAAUAAAAGGUGUGUGCUGUA